AUGACUUCGUGCGAUGAGCACGGAUCGAGCUCUGAUCCGUGCUCGCCAUCGUGCUCUGAGCCGGCUUCGGAAAAAGCGAAAAAAAUCCCGCCGAGCCCUGCGCCACCCCGCAGUCCCGCCGGCGAGAUCGUCGGGGAUCGCGAAACGGCGAGGGAUGCGCCAUCGAAAGCCGCGAAUAAUUCGGUCGCGCGAGAUAUCAAAGAGAAGGUGGAAGAAGCCGCGGACCAUGUCGCAAAAGAGGCUGCCCCGGAGAAAACUUCGAGCAAGGACACGGAAAAACCGCGAGACUCGAAGAAAGUUUCCGUGAAACCUUCAGACUGUGUUCAAAAUGAACAGAGAGACAGCGAGAAAGACAAGAAAUCUGCGAGGAAGAAAUUGGAUCAUCAUCAUCAUCAUAAACUCUUUUUAUUUACAUAA